UGGUAUUGCUGAUCGAUGGGUUUUCCCAAACUUCGGCGGGCCUUUCCAAGCAUCCGACUUUCCAUCACUCUCCCUCUAUAAAAUAGGCUCCUCCAUAUGUUUGCCACAUGAAUCACAUAAUCCUUAAUUCUUCGACCAGUUUCGAUUAGUUGCUACACAGAGUUUCCCAUUCGUUUUAAUUUCUCUAAUUUCAAGAGCAAAUCAGAGUCUUGUGAAAAGUAGAAGAUGAGUUCAACAAGCAGAGCUAUUGUAGCAGCCAGCGUCGGAGUUGUGGAGGCCAUGAAAGACCAGAUGGGUAUAUGCAGGUGGAAUUAUAUUAUAAGAUCCGCUCAGCAAAGUACAAAGAACAAUCUCCGCUCCUUAUCUCAGGCAAAGAAUCUCUCCUCUUCAACUUCUGCAGUGGUUUCAAGCAAAGUAAGAGAUCAGGAGAAAAUGAAGAAGUCAGAAGAGUCUUUGAGGACCGUCAUGUACUUGAGCUGUUGGGGUCCCAAUUGAGGCUUUGGUCAGCAGAAGAAAGCGAGCCAGUGAGUUCUUGGAGAACGUCAUUGCGGGAAGGAAGCCGGCCAAAAUUAUACAAACGGUAUACUCUGUACAUGGCACGGCAGUGAGAAUGUCAGGCCGUGUUGGUCAUGACUCAUGUCUCAAGGGGGGAAAUUGUUGACUGAGAAUGGAGUAUUUAGUUGAUGCGAAAUUAUAUUUGUUAAUGUAAAAGCUGUUGUACAUUGGCAUAUUCUUAUGUCGACAGAAUUUAACUCAAUUAAGUUGUGUUUAA